UAAACACCUUUCUCUUUUACUUUUCCUCCUUUUUCUCCUCCUCUCUUACCAAGAAAUUUCUCUCUCUAUUUCUCUAUGGAUGGCUGCAUUGGAUUUCCUUCAUCUAUUUCCAGCUUAGAACCUUAAAAAUCCCUUCAUUUCCCAUUUCCUCUCAUUUCCUUUCCUUCUCUCUUUUUCUCUAAUUUUCUCCUUUUUAUUUAGAAGCAAAAGAUAAAAGACAAUCGAAUAGCUUUUUGUCCCAUUUCUCUUUUUUCUCCUAAAUCAAUCAAUCAAUCAUGCGACCUCUUCAACCACCCCCACCAGCCGCCGCCGCCACCACCACCUCCUCUUCCACCACCGCAUCCCCCAUGCCCCCUCCUCCUUCACGCAACCGACCCCGUCGUCGUACCGAUUUAACUCUCCCCCUUCCCCAACGUGACCCAGCUCUCGCCGUACCCCUCCCCCUCCCCCCUACUUCCGCCCCUUCUUCCUCCUCGUCUUCCUCUUCCUCCCCACUCCCCACCCCCUUAAACUUCUCCGAACUUGAGCGCAUCAAUCGCAUCGGCAGCGGCGCUGGCGGUACGGUUUACAAAGUCCUACAUCGCCCUACCGGAAGACUCUACGCUCUCAAAGUCAUCUACGGUAACCACGAGGACUCCGUUCGCCUUCAGAUGUGCCGUGAGAUCGAGAUUCUCCGUGACGUCGACAACCCUAACGUCGUUAGAUGUCACGAUAUGUUCGAUCACAACGGUGAAAUCCAAGUCCUCCUUGAAUUCAUGGAUAAAGGUUCUCUUGAAGGGAUCCACAUCCCUAAAGAGUCAGCUCUUUCGGAUCUAACCCGACAAGUCCUCUCGGGUCUCUAUUAUCUCCACAGGCGUAAGAUUGUGCACAGAGAUAUCAAGCCCUCGAAUUUACUAAUCAACUCGAGGCGCGAGGUGAAAAUUGCUGACUUUGGGGUAUCGAGAGUGCUGGCACAAACUAUGGAUCCUUGUAAUUCGUCAGUUGGGACAAUUGCCUAUAUGAGUCCAGAGAGAAUCAACACAGAUCUGAAUCAUGGACAGUACGAUGGGUAUGCUGGAGAUAUAUGGAGUCUUGGUGUUAGCAUAUUGGAGUUUUAUUUGGGAAGGUUUCCGUUUUCUGUUGGGAGGUCAGGUGAUUGGGCUAGUCUUAUGUGCGCCAUUUGUAUGUCGCAGCCGCCGGAGGCGCCGGCGAAUGCUUCUAGAGAGUUCAGGGACUUUAUUGCUUGCUGUUUGCAGAGGGAUCCUGCACGGCGGUGGACGGCGGUGCAGCUGUUGCGUCAUCCAUUUAUUACCCAGAAUAGCCCAGCCACCACCACCACCACCGGUAAUAUGAUGCCACUUCCUAAUCAGGUUCAUCAGCCAGCACAUCAAUUGUUACCCCCACCUCCUCAUUUUUCUUCUUGACGUUUUAGGUUUGGAGAAAUUACAUUCCCCUCUUCUGUUUUUCUUAUUUUUCUGGUUUUAUUUUGUGUAAUCUUAAAUGUUGUUACUUUUCUAUUAAUGGGGGAUGAUGGGUGGUGGUGGUGGUGGUGAAGGGGUGGUUGGAUUUUUAUUUUUGGAGAAAAAGGAAAAAUUGGAGAAAUGGGGUCAUGGUUAUGAUAAAGCUCGAGUCUUUCCAUUUUCAGCUGAUCAACACUUGUUGUUUUUACACUCUUUUAUCAGGAGAAAGGGAAGUAGAAAUUAUGGAUUGCCCCAAGUUAAUAUUUUGGAUAUGUUUCUUAUUGCAAAAAUGAAAUCUUUUAUCAAGUCAUGGACUAUUUAGCUGUAAAGCAUUUCACAUGUUGAAGACAAGUGACCAUGAAAAGUGAAAAAAGAAAGUUUUCCAAUUUCUCUCUUUCCUAUAAGGGACGCAGUAUCCAGUUUUAUUUUAUUUUUGCUUGAAUUUGUAGGAUGAUGUUGAACUGGAUUUGUGCAUCUAUUGGUAUUGGCUUUUGCUAAUUUUGGUGAAGAGUAAGGCAAUCAAUUGUCUUUUUAGGUAGGGGCUACAGUUUUUCUAGACCUUAUGAUGAUUAGUUCAGAUCAAUGUUGUGACAGAUAGAUUUAGUUGAAUUUUUCGAAAGAUCUUGUAUGCUAAUUGGGGAA